UGUUUAAGAGCGUCCCACAAAGCAGACGACGAAGAAGAAAAGCAAAACAAAAACAUUUGCUGCGUGGCCCCACGGUUACUUCGGGACCCACGAAGGCUGUUUGUGAACAUGUGACGUGGGUGACGGUGGAAAGGCAGAACGUCAAAGGGAACUCCGGGGAGAAAUCCGAGCUCCGUAGCCGUGACACUGUAGUUUAGCCUCGCUUAGCGGUCCCCGUCCAUGACUUGCCCGGCUGGUCUUCCGCUGCUCGGCCCCGGCCGGGCUGCUUCAUCCUCUCUGUCGCCCGCUGCGGCUAAGCCUCCUCUUCCUCGCCAGCAGCUCUGCUCGGCCGCCUCCACGCCGGGCUGUGUGAUGGUGGAGUCUGUGGACGAAGCGGAGGGUCUGUACGUGGCGGUGGAGCGCUGCCCUCUGUGCACCACGUCCCGCCGCAGGCUCACCUGUGCCCGCUGCGUCCAGGCCGGAGACUUCGUGUUCUUCGACGGGAGGAACAGCGAAAGAUACUCUGAGAAGUUGGGGAGGCUAAAGAAGCUCAAAGAGGAGAAGGAAAAACUGCAGGAGAGAGUCCUACAUGCGAUGGGCAGGAGGCUGCAGGCUGAUGAGAUGAAAUGGAAAAUCAUGCUGUUUAAGGUGAAGAUUGAGCAGCUGAAGGAGGCCGUUGCCUGGGGCAACAAGGAGGUGAAGAGCGAUCGGGAGCUCCUCCUCCGCUCUCAGGAGGAGGCGCAGCGGCUGCAGCGCCGUGCAGGACGGCACCAGGAGAAAAGGGACAAAAUUGAGCGGCACAACCGGCGUCUGGGGGAGCUGUUGGAGAAGCGCAGCCGGGAGCACCAGAGCAAACUGGGUCAGCUGGCGGCUCUGAGACGAGAGCACAUCGUGGAGCUCACCACGCACAUUUUCCCCAUGCAAGAGGAGAAGCAAGGCAGCAGAGACCCGGCUGAUGUGGCAGCAGACUGCGACCCCGCUCUGACCUCCAGCACGGUGACGGAGCUGGCGGAGGCCCGGAGAACCACCUACCUGUCCGGGCGCUGGAUCUGGGACGACCAGAACGGAGAGACCAGCAUCAGCAUCACGGGGGCGCCGGUUGCUUUGCCCAGCAACGGAGACUGCUCCGCCUACUACAGCUGGGUGGAGGAGAAGAGCACCAGCCCAGGCCCAGAGCUGGACCACAUUAACCCAGCUCACACCAUCAGUGCUGCGCUGUGCUACGCCACCCAGCUCGUCACCAUCCUCUCCCACAUCCUGGACGUCAACCUGCCCAAGAAGCUCUGCAACAGCGAGUUCUGCGGCGAGAAUCUCAACCGGCAUCGCUUCACCAGAUCUCUAAACAAGCUCAACACCAACACCCUCCACCUCUGCUUCUCACAGCAUGUCGACAGUGAAAAGCUUCACCCUCAUCACACUCUCAGGAACAUCAUGUUUCUGGUUGCCCCUGACAACGACAACCUGGGCAGGACCGGUCCGUUUGAAGUGACCUCUGACCUGGAGGAGUCCAUGGAGUUUGUUGAACCAGAAGCAUCAGGACCGACUGAGGAGAGUGGAGAUGAAGCGGUGACGGAUGAGGAGACGGACCUGGGAACGGACUGGGAGACAGUGCCCAGUCCCCGGUUCUGUGACAUCCCCUCUCAGUCCAUGGAUCUUUCCCAGAGUGCUCUGCAGGUUUCCCAGCCGUCAGGGAACCCUGGAGGGAUGAUCUCAUCUGCCGCUGCCUCGGUCACUUCCUGGUUUCGAGCUUACACUGGCCAGCGUUGAUCCAACACCGCCAUGUGAGAAUCUGGACCGGGGUCAGAUCAGACCGGAGUUCCGACAUCAGCAAAAACAGACUUUGGAUUGUUUUUAUCAAUAAGGCUUUUUUUUUUUGUCUACUGUUGUAUUAUAAUCAGAAUGAAAGAUCUCGCUUAAUAUAUGAGACUGAUCAGUUGCUCAGCAGCUUUAAAUAGAGCGUUUUGAUGACAGGAGCUGUUCACCAACAUGUUGAAAUGCUUCAGUUCUUGUUAUUGAUGCUAUGAGCAGGUGUCUAUGAUGGUUAUCCUGGUUCAUUUGGAUCAUGUCACAAUCUGUUCUUGGCUUCAAUAAAAUAAAAUGUUUUGUUUUUCUUCUGGA